CCACAAACUCCUCACAACAAACUUCAUCAUCACGAUAUUGACUAGUGAGAACAUAUAAAAGAAAAAGACUUUCUGUUUCUCAAAAACCACUAAACAAAAUGAUGGUGAACAAGGUUAUUUUGGGUUCGAUUCUGUUUUUCGUAUUGGUGGGUUCGGUUCUUGUGGUGGAGGCUCGUCCGCUGGGUUUAACGAAGGCCGAGGAGAAGCUAGUGGCUAAGUUCUUCGAUGGUUUGUCACUUGGAGCGAUCAAGGACUCGGGUCCUAGCUCUGGUGGUGAGGGUCAUCAAUUCGUGGAUCGGAGUGAGCCGGUUGUAUAUGGUAAGCACUCUGGUCCCAGUACGAGCGGACCUGGUCACUAACUAAGGAACCAGUGAUUCCGAGUUCCGAUCGAAUUGAUUAAGGUGGCUGCUGGGGUCUAGUUUCAGACAUUCAUUACUUCUUUCGUUUCUUUAUUAGUUAAUACCUUACAGAUUAUUUAUAAGGAUUUUUCUUUUUCUUUACCUUUACCAUACGAAUACAAUAAGGGAGAACAUUUUGGAGGAAACCAAGAAUUGGUGAACCUCAUUCUUUUCUCCGUAGGAUUUUUUUGUUUGUUUGUUACUGGUUGUAGUUUCUUUGAAACAAAUACAUUAAAAUUGAUUGAUUAUUUUGUUUAAUAUAUAAA